CAAAAGAAUCUUCGAACAAAGUUUUGCGAUAUCAUCUCAUUUGUUUCUGGCUUCUCUAUAUUUGACAACGAAGAAGCAACUAAUUUUAGCAAAGAAACCAUUUUUCGAGGGUCCGAGGAAAACAUAAAUUCUCGGAAAUACUGAACUCGGUUGAGAAUUUAAUAUAAAUCGUCUGAGAAAACCAAACAAUGGCGGCAGAGUUGAUGUCGUCGACAAUGUCUGGACAGCCGGCGACGCUGAUUCUGACGUCGGGAGCGAGCGGGAGGAUUAGAGCGAUCUUCUCAUUACAAGCGCUGCGGAGCCUGUUGAUGCUGAUAAACGCCGUCGUUUUGCUAUUGCUUCUGCCGUUCCGUGGCCGGAGGCGAACGAUGUCUUCCUCUUCGUCGUCGUCGUCGGGGGAGAAGGUCGAGAAACAAGAGGUGAGGAAAGGAGCUGUGGUGCGCGUGCCGGCGGCGAUCGUGCCAUCGAGGAGGGCGGCGGCGGCGGCUGUGGCGGCGGAUCAGGAGGUGGCGGCGAGGAGGUCGAUGGCGGUAAGGCGGGUUCUUCAGGAUAAGGGUGAGAGUUCGGUUAGGGAUUUCGAGGUUUUUGUUACGGCGAGAGGUGAUAACAUUUUUACGCAGUCCUGGACUCCUGCUGCCAUUGAAACUAGGGGCCUUGUUGUUCUUUUGCAUGGCCUGAAUGAACACAGUGGUAGAUACAGUGAUUUUGCGAAGCGGCUGAAUGCCAACGGGUAUAAGGUUUAUGGAAUCGAUUGGAUUGGCCAUGGUGGGAGCGAUGGUCUCCAUGCAUAUGUUCAUUCUCUAGAUUAUGCUGUUGCAGAUAUGAAAUCAUUUCUUGAGAAGGUAUUAGCUGACAAUCCCGGACUUCCUUGUUUCUGCUUUGGACACUCCACGGGUGGAGCCAUAAUCCUUAAGGCCAUGCUUGACCCGAAAGUUGAAGCCCGUGUAGCCGGUGUCGCGCUGACAUCCCCCGCAGUUGGAGUACAGCCAUCCCAUCCAAUUUUCGUGGUUCUUGCUCCAAUUGUCUCAUUUUUGCUACCAAGAUACCAAGUUAGUGCAGCAAACAAAAAGGGCGUGCAGGUUUCUCGCGACCCGGAGGCUUUACUUGCGAAGUACUCAGACCCUCUAGUGUACACAGGGUCCAUCAGAGCGAGGACCGGUUAUGAGAUUCUUAGAAUUACUUCUUAUUUGCAGAAGAAUCUUACAAAACUGAGAGUCCCAUUUCUGGUUCUCCAUGGUAGUGCAGAUACUGUUACGGAUCCUGAAGCCUCUCAAAAACUGUAUGAAGAGGCUUUGUCAACUGACAAAACAAUCAAGUUGUUUGACGGAUUAUUACAUGAUCUGCUUUUUGAGCCAGAACGAGAAAGUAUUAUGCAGGAUGUAAUUGAAUGGUUCAAUAAUAGGCUCUAUAGUUAGGUAGGAAAAAGCGUUUGGGGAGCGCUUUGCAGCGGAAACAAAUAUCUUAAUUGAUUUUUAAUUGAUUGAAACAAAGUACUUGGAGUUUUAUGUAAGCGUCAUAAAAUAGGAAAAAGUGUUUAGGAUCCUCCCUUGCGGACUAAGCAGCUGGUUAUGUAAGCGUCAUAAUCCCAUUCAUUGCUUUCAAUGAUACUUAGAAGUAG